GAAUCAUGGAGAACUACCAGAAGUCCAAGACCGUGGAGAAGCCGUCUCCACUCCCUUUCAGCAACCUGCCCACAGACAUCAUCGAGAUGAAAGUGAAGGACGGCAGCAAAAUCCGGAACCUGAUGGGCUACGCCAUCGGCAAGAUGGAGCUGGAUCCGGUGAGGCAGGUCCUCUUCAGCGGCGCCGGCAAAGCCAUCAGCAAGACCAUCACCUGCGUGGAGAUCAUGAAGCGGCGGCUCAGCGGCCUCCACCAGAUCACCAAGGUGUUCUUCCGGCAAACAGAGGAGAUCUGGGAGCCCAUCGUGCCCGAGGUGGGACUCGAUCCGUUGACGGUCAAGCGCAACAUCCCCGCCAUAUGCGUUUUGCUGAGCAAAGAUCCUCUGGACACUCAAGAGCCAGGAUACCAGGCUCCUGGGUCUUUUGAUGCCUUCUGGGUGGAAACACUGAAACCGGAGUCCCAGGGCCAGGCCAAGAGGAAGCAGGGGGGAGGCAGGGGAGCUGGCCGGGCCGGGAAGCAGCCACGCUCUGUCGGGCGGGAGGAGGCCUACAAAAAACCCUAA